AUGAACUUGGACACCGCGGGCAUCGAGCCCCCUGCGACCCCUGAGUACGUGGUCGACGCUACGACCUUUGCGUUACGGGUCGAUCAGGCCGGAAAUCAAUCCCACUAUGCCGUGAAUGUUACCCAAUUAUCGCAUCCUGGUCUGCGAUACAUCUGGGUGCAUGCAUGUGGAGUCGGCCUCCGUUUGAGUGGGGCUAUGGCAAUGGAACGUGCGGUGACUCCGAAGGAGAAAUGGGCCGAACCGUACUACGAUGACAUGAUGCUGGAGUGGCUCGCGGAGGAGGAGGAAGAAGCCCUGCAACAUCACAACUCUCGCAAUCCCAAUACAAUGACUACCUCUACCAGCACUGCACAGCGCGCCAGCCCGCUCAUCGACUUCCUAACUCAGCCCGGCCGUUAUGUGCCCAUGUUCAUCGCCAUCACCGAGCAUCUUGGGCCUGCCGACAUCGUCAACCUACGUGCCGCCUCCCAAGAUCCCGGAAAUGUGUACUCAACCCUCAUUAACACAGAAUGGAACAUCAACACGGCCUUGCAGAAAGGAUUCCGAACAAGCUAG